GUGGCAAUCACGCGAUGAUUUUUCUCAACCAAUCACAAAGACAUCGGCACCCUAUACUUAGUAUUUGGUGCUUGGGCCGGAAUAGUCGGCACUGCACUCAGCCUUUUAAUCCGAGCAGAACUAAGUCAGCCAGGAGCUUUACUAGGAGACGAUCAAAUCUAUAAUGUUAUCGUUACUGCUCAUGCUUUUGUAAUGAUUUUCUUCAUGGUCAUACCAAUUAUAAUCGGAGGUUUCGGCAACUGAUUAGUCCCAUUAAUAAUCGGGGCACCUGACAUAGCCUUUCCUCGAAUAAAUAAUAUGAGUUUCUGAUUAUUACCUCCUUCCUUCCUACUUCUCCUUGCUUCAUCCGGAGUAGAAGCGGGGGCAGGAACAGGUUGGACUGUUUACCCACCAUUGGCUGGUAACCUGGCCCAUGCUGGAGCUUCUGUAGAUUUAACAAUUUUCUCUCUCCAUUUAGCAGGUAUUUCAUCUAUUCUAGGAGCAAUUAACUUUAUUACUACUAUUAUUAACAUAAAACCCCCGUCAAUUUCUCAAUAUCAAACACCAUUAUUUGUGUGAGCAGUUUUAGUGACCGCAGUUCUACUAUUACUUUCACUUCCUGUAUUGGCGGCUGGUAUUACCAUACUUCUCACAGAUCGAAACUUAAAUACAACAUUUUUUGAUCCUUCUGGAGGAGGAGACCCUAUCCUUUACCAACACUUAUUCUGAUUCUUUGGACAUCCUGAAGUUUAUAUUCUUAUCCUACCAGGUUUCGGCAUGAUCUCACAUAUUGUAGCCUACUACUCUGGUAAAAAAGAACCUUUUGGUUAUAUGGGAAUAGUGUGAGCAAUAAUAGCAAUUGGACUUCUAGGGUUUAUUGUUUGAGCUCAUCAUAUAUUCACUGUGGGGAUAGAUGUAGAUACACGAGCAUAUUUUACCUCAGCAACCAUAAUUAUUGCCAUUCCUACUGGUGUAAAAGUAUUUAGCUGAUUAGCCACACUUCAUGGAGGCUCUAUUAAAUGAGAAACCCCCCUAUUAUGAGCUCUGGGGUUCAUCUUUUUAUUUACUGUUGGGGGACUAACAGGCAUUGUGUUAGCAAACUCCUCUUUAGAUAUUGUAUUACAUGAUACUUAUUACGUAGUUGCUCAUUUCCACUAUGUUCUCUCAAUAGGUGCUGUAUUUGCAAUUAUAGCAGGAUUUGUGCACUGGUUUCCCUUAUUUACAGGUUAUACACUACACAGCUCUUGAACCAAAAUUCAUUUUGGUGUAAUAUUUGCUGGUGUAAAUCUAACAUUCUUCCCUCAACACUUCUUAGGAUUAGCUGGUAUACCACGCCGAUACUCUGAUUACCCAGACGCAUACUCAUUAUGAAACACUGUCUCCUCUAUUGGAUCACUUGUGUCUUUAAUCGCCGUAAUCAUAUUCUUAUUUAUUAUUUGAGAAGCAUUUGCUGCUAAACGAGAAGUGUUGACAGUUGAACUAGCCUCAACAAAUAUUGAAUGACUGCAUGGAUGUCCACCACCAUACCACACAUUUGAGGAACCUGCCUUUGUUCAAGUACAAGCAAACAAUUAG